AUGCCAGCCUUCUUACAGCGAAACAGACGAUCACAGUUAAUGAAAACAGGCAAAAACAGCAAGCUUACAGUCGUACCUGGUAAAUCUAUAUCAACCGAAGGAACAGAAGAGUUUGAUAAAGUUAAGAAGAUGAAGAAGGAUACAAGAAUAAUUAAACGAAAAGAGAAAACGGAUUUUAGUUUACCAAGACCUUCAAAAUUAACUUCUGAUAAAAGGAAUAUAAAGCAUGCUGAAACUAAAAGCCUCAGAUCAAACUAUACCUACGAGCUAGAUAAAGACGCUACCUUGGAAGACAACUCGGCACAAUUACAUUGUUCGUGGUUGAUGCUUCAAAAUCCUGACAGCCUUUAUAUGCUUUGCAUAAGUGCUACAAACUUUUACUUGCACCCUAUAGUGGCAGAUUCAAAUAAUGUCUUGCAUUAUAUGCAGAAUUUGCCAAAGAAUUCCAAGUUUUGUGUUGUAUAA